AUGGCGACUCCGGAGGUUAUUGUGAUUGGUGCUGGGCCAUCUGGAAUAGCGUUGGCUCAUACCCUGAAGCAUAAAUUAGGGUUCGAUGAUUUUACGUUCUACGACAAGCUUGACGGCCCUGGAGGCACAUGGCGGCUGAACACUUAUCCCGGAGUGGGGUGCGAUGUUCCUACGAUCCUGUAUUCAUUCUCCUUCAACCAGAAUCCUAACUGGUCCAAGGAGCUAUGCGAGGGGGCUGAGAUUCUCGAAUACAUGGAAUCGACUGUGGACAAGUUGGACCUACGCAAACACAUGCAAUUCGGCGUUGAAUGCAUCUCUGCAAGAUGGAACAACAAGACAGAGCUUUGGGAGGUCCAUCUACGCGAUACCAAGACCCAGUUUGAGUACACAAGGACCGCGACAGUCUUCAUCUCUGCUGUGGGAGGCAUAUCCAAACCUCGCGACACCCAUUUCCCCGGCAUGGAAUCAUUCACGGGUGAGAUCUUCCACACCGCACGGUGGAACCACCAGUUCGACUAUAAAGGAAAACGCCUCGCGGUAAUUGGUAACGGCUGCAGCGCAGCUCAGGCGGUUCCUGCCAUUGCGCAGGACGCUGCGUUCGUGAAGCAGUAUGCUCGGAGCGCCCAGUGGUAUCACGAGCGGCCAAACCGGAGCUUCACGGGGCUUGAAAAGUGGUGCCUGCGUAACAUUCCCCUCUGGGAACGAUACCUGCGCCUGCGACUAUUUCUCGCCAGUGAUGCUCUUGUUGCUACGUAUCUGCCUGGCCCUGCGGCUGCGAAACUGCGUGCGAAUGCCGAGGAAAAGGCCCGUCAGUAUAUUUAUGCGACGGCACCAAAGAAGUAUCACAAGUUCCUGGUUCCGGACUUUCCUUUAGGCUGCAAGCGCCGUAUCUUCGACCCAAACUACCUUGAAAGCCUCCACCGACGAAACGUGGAAGUUGUCCCCGUUGGAAUCGAGAAGGUCGACGAGACUGGCAUCACCAGCACAGACGGCUUGAGGACAGAGUUCGACGCCAUAGUCCUAGCCACCGGGUUUGACGUGCAGCAGUUUAUCGUCCCCAUGGAAAUACUUGGCAAGGAUGGCAAAACCCUAUCAGACCAGUGGAAGGAAUCCCGAGGAGCACAGGCGUACAUGGGAACCUACGUGCACAAUUUUCCUAACCUCGGUAUACUCUUCGGUCCAAACACCUUCCCGGCACACAACUCAGUCCUCUUCGCUUCCGAGGUCCAGGUCGAAUACCUAGCCCGCACGCUUAUCGCGCCCAUCAUCGACCGCCGCAUCUCAACGCUUGAAGUCAAAGCCACAGCCGAAGACCAGUGGGUGAAUGCGCUCCAGGCCGAGCUCCGAGGAAGCGUGUUUGAGGCAGGGUGCUCCAAUUGGUAUAUCAAUCACCACGGCCGCAAUUCCGCGUCAUGGCCGGGCUACGCAUCCUCGUAUUGGAAGGAGGCGCUGAAGCCGCAGAUUGGGGUGGAUGAGGACGACUAG